ACGUGUCUCUCCGUAGCGCUGAUCCGUCUUUCUGAGGUGCGCGGCGGGUUGGUGCCACACGGACAGGACCGAUCCACCUCGCAGGGACUGUUAAUCGCUCCGGGACCCGGACACACGGCACGGCAACAUGGGCAUCAAAUUUCUGGAAGUCAUAAAGCCCUUCUGCGCGGUCCUGCCCGAGAUCCAGAAGCCAGAAAGAAAGAUUCAGUUCCGGGAGAAGGUAUUAUGGACCGCCAUCACCCUGUUCAUUUUCCUCGUGUGUUGUCAGAUCCCUCUGUUUGGUAUCAUGUCAUCUGAUUCUGCAGAUCCCUUCUACUGGAUGCGAGUCAUCUUGGCAUCUAACAGAGGUACCUUGAUGGAGCUGGGUAUCUCCCCCAUUGUCACCUCCGGACUCAUCAUGCAGCUGCUGGCUGGAGCCAAGAUCAUUGAAGUGGGGGACACUCCCAAGGAUAGGGCACUCUUCAAUGGGGCACAGAAAUUGUUUGGUAUGAUCAUCACCAUUGGCCAGGCCAUCGUGUACGUCAUGACUGGAAUGUAUGGAGACCCUUCUGAAAUGGGGGCUGGGAUCUGCUUGCUCAUUAUCAUUCAGCUGUUUGUAGCAGGACUGAUUGUUCUGUUGCUGGACGAACUGCUCCAGAAGGGUUAUGGCCUUGGCUCUGGAAUUUCACUCUUCAUUGCCACCAACAUCUGCGAGACCAUUGUCUGGAAGGCAUUCAGUCCUACCACUGUCAACACUGGAAGAGGAACCGAGUUUGAGGGAGCCAUUAUUGCUCUCUUCCACUUGUUGGCCACCCGCACAGACAAAGUGCGGGCAUUGAGAGAAGCCUUUUACCGACAGAACUUGCCCAACCUUAUGAAUCUCAUUGCCACAGUCUUUGUCUUUGCUGUUGUAAUAUACUUUCAGGGCUUUAGAGUGGACCUGCCCAUCAAGUCGGCCCGCUACCGUGGCCAGUACAACACCUAUCCCAUCAAGCUCUUCUACACUUCCAACAUUCCUAUCAUCCUGCAGUCAGCUCUUGUGUCCAAUCUGUAUGUCAUCUCACAGAUGCUCUCAACACGAUUCAGUGGGAAUUUCCUCGUUAAUUUGCUGGGAACCUGGUCUGAUACUUCUGCUGGUGGACCAGCUCGUGCCUACCCAGUUGGUGGUCUGUGUUACUACCUCUCUCCUCCGGAGUCAUUCGGUUCAGUCUUGGAUGACCCGGUCCACGCGGUCAUCUACAUCGUCUUCAUGCUUGGCUCCUGUGCCUUCUUCUCCAAGACCUGGAUUGAGGUGUCCGGGUCAUCUGCAAAAGAUGUGGCUAAGCAACUGAAGGAGCAGCAGAUGGUUAUGCGGGGACACAGAGAAACCUCGAUGGUGCAUGAGCUCAACAGGUACAUCCCCACGGCCGCUGCUUUUGGUGGGCUCUGCAUCGGUGGUUUGUCUGUAAUGGCUGACUUCCUAGGCGCCAUUGGCUCCGGCACAGGAAUCCUGCUGGCCGUGACAAUCAUCUAUCAGUACUUUGAGAUCUUUGUAAAGGAGCAGAGUGAAGUGGGCAGCAUGGGAGCUCUGCUCUUCUAAACUGACGCGCAACAGACAGACACUGCCAUCCUUGUAUUAUUUUUAAAUUUCUUUUUAAGGCUUUAUUGUAUGUGCAGGGUCAGUGUUGUUCUGACUAUUUGGAAGCCUGCAUGCAGAGUUCUCACAUUUGAACUGGAUUUCACUGGGGCUGGAUAUGUCUGCUGGAUAGGAAAAUCCCUCCUUUUCUUGUUUAGUAGCUCAACCAACUUUAUCGAUCACAAAGUUGACCUGGUACACCAGGCCAAUCUCCCCGUGAUCAGAGAAAAUGGCUAAAAGCACAGCUGUUGUUUUGUCACUCUGUCUUCCCACUGACUUUGGGUUUCACCUGGAUAGUAUCCUCGGGUGACGACACAUGGAUUCUUUGAAACAUUGCUAAUCUAUUCACAUCAAUACUGAAUCAAGCAUCCAUUCAUCCAUAGUUUCGUGUUUCUGGCAGUUGGUUCUUUUUCUCUGCAUAUGUCCAGUUGAUGGGGACUUCUCCCAGGUGUGCUUUCUGUGAACUCCGAGAAUCCCAGAUAUGCUGAUUUCUGAACAUUUCAGGCAUAGGCAGAAUUGGGGUCGGCACAGAUUUGAAGCUUUUUCACUUGGAAUGUGAACAACUAGUCAGGAUUGUGUCCUUCUCUAUGAACUAUAUGCCCAUGACUCAGUGAGUCUAACUUUUUAAAUCUGUUUUUCAAAGGUACAGUCAACAUUUUGUGGACCAGGUAAAGGGGAGUGUUUGUCUGUGUGUGUCAGGGCUACAUUUAACGCCAUCCGGAAUGGGUUGUGUGCAUGUUGCACACUGGAACUGAGGAGGAUCUGAGUAGAUGGUUAUGUUCUGCUUUCUGUAUUAAAUAUGACUGUAUUAAAGUCUUUUUUGAAUAUUG